GAUCGACUCCAAAGCUGGAUCCAAAGCCGCCCGGACCUGUUGGCCCCAGCUGUACAUCCAAGAUGCCUUACAUUUGCACGAAGCCUUCCAGAGUCUGGCUGAUGUUCUUCUACAAGCUCGGCACUAUGGGAUUUGUUGAGUACAAUUAAGGAUUUGUUGCUCCUGCUGCUUUAAUUUAUUUUCUUUCUUUGAAUUGGGCUGUGCCCCAUCCCUACCUGUAAGAUGGCCCAGUCCAAGGCCAACGGCUCACACUAUGCACUGACUGCCAUAGGCCUGGGGAUGCUGGUCCUUGGGGUUAUCAUGGCCAUGUGGAAUCUGGUACCUGGGUUCGGCUCCACUGAGAAGCCAACAACACAGGGGAACAAUAAGACGGAGAUUGGCAGUGGCAUUCUCAAGAGCAAGACUUUCUCUGUGGCCUACGUGCUGGUCGGGGCGGGAGUGAUGCUGCUUCUGCUCUCCAUCUGCCUGAGCAUCCGGGACAAGAGGAAGCAGCGACAAGGAGAUGAGAUGGCGCACAUCCAGCGUCAGCAGGGGGUUGAGCCCCGCACCCAGGAGGAUAGCCAGGAGGAAGAGGAGGAGGAGGAGGAGGUCUCCUCGAGGUACUACGUCCCCAGCUACGAGGAAGUGAUGAAUACAAACUACUCAGAAGCAAGGGAAAUGGACCAGAACCCCGGGAUGAGCAUCUCUCUCCCCUCCUAUGAGUCUUUGACGGGACUAGAUGAGACAAGCCCCACCACCACCACCAGAACAGAUGGGGAGACCAACCAGGGGAACCCACUAGACCGGCAGAACUCCAAGCUGGCCAAACGCCUGAAGCCACUGAAAGUGCGGAGGAUUAAAUCUGAGAAGCUUCACCUCAAAGACUUUAGGAUCAAUCUUCCGGAUAAAAACAUCCCUCCGCCUUCCAUUGAGCCCCUGACUCCCCCACCACAGUAUGAUGAAGUGCAGGACAAGGCCCCCAACACGCGGCCACCUGACUGAUACCCUUCUCUGAUGUGUUCCCUCCUGUCAUCCACCCUCCACACCAUAGACCCCCAAGAAAGUCACCUCAGUCACGUUUGAGAAGCAG